AUGGCUUCCUCUCCUUUAAACCAAAAAUCCAAUUACCAAGCUCGUUCUAUUAGCUUACCCUCCAAACCACACCCUCUCAUUGUACAAUGCAAUGAGCACUUGUGCAGAUUAGGUGCUUCUGAUGCUUCCUCUUCAACAUCAUCAUCCUUAAGCAGCAAACUAAGUUGCCUUCAGGAUUUGCAUGAAUGUGUUGAAAAGUUGCUUCAGUUGCCAUUAACUCAGCAAGCCAUUGUGCAAGAGCACAAUGACAAAUGGGUAGAAGAGCUUUUGGAUGGAUCACUCAGGCUCUUGGACGUGUGUACCGCAGCCAAGGAUGCCUUGAUACAUACAAAAGAAUGUGCACGUGAACUUCAAUCAAUUAUUCGUAGAAGACGAGGAGGAGAAAUGGAGCUUGAAAGGGAGGUUCAGAAAUAUUUGAUGUCUAGGAAGGUUGUCAAGAAGGCAGCCCAGAAGGCCUUAAAGGGUAUGGAAAGAAAGUGUGGGGAAAAGAACCAUGAGAAUCUAGUCAUGGUUAGCACAUUGAGAGAAAUAGAAGCAGCCACCCUUGAUGUGUUUGAAUCCUUGUUGUCCUAUGUAGCCGGCCCAAGGUCGCGAUCAAAAUCAAGCAACUGGUCCUUGGUGUUCAAGUUGGUACACCCCAAAAGAGUAGCAUGUGAGAAUGAAGAAACAGAUAAAUCUGAACUAGAAAAGGUGGAUGCCGCAUUGAACUCUAUCACUGGUCAGACAAGUAGCAAAUCUGAUUACAAUGUGCAUGUUGAGAAUGUUCAGAGCUCCCUGGGGCAAUUGGAACCGAUUGUUCAAGAUCUUGAAGAAGGACUUGAGAGCCUUUUCAGGCGCCUAAUCAGAACCAGAGUUUCACUUCUCAACAUCUUCAACCACUAG